AGGAGCGAUAGUUGAACAUUCGGCAGCGUUCGCCCUUUCUCGUCUCGCGGUCGGACCUUCACACGAGCAUGUUCAGUGCGUAGACAGUGCGUGGACUCUUUUAAAUAGUGUUUUGUUAUUGUUUUAUGAACAGAUUUUGACCAUUGCUUCUAUUGGGAGUGGUAAAUUUGUGGUGAUAGUGCAAUUUAGAUAGACUGUUGAAUUUAGUGACUUUUGAGUGACAAUGACUUCGCCGAGUGAAAUAGAGGACGGAUCCGCCCCCAUCACGCCUGAGGAAUACAACGGUUUCCACACCAGGGUCCGGAGCUGUUUGCAAACGUACAUUUCUCGCAGUUCGAAUACGAAAAUUGUAGUCAGCAACCUGCCUCCGCAUGUCAGGAUCGAAGACUUGGAACAUUUGUUAACGCCUUUUGGACAUGUGCAGAAGUGUGAGAAGUUGAGUUCGAGAGAAGGACAGCCGCAAGUGGUCCAGAUCAGCUAUGACACUCAAGAGCAGGCUCAACAGGCUGUCAAUGAGUUGAACGGAUGUCAAUUUGAGGGAAGUAACUUGAAGGUGGAGUUGGCAAUGGAGCGCAGAGGCAGGGGGGGUCCGAGACCGAGAGGGCCCCCGGGGGGAUUCCCUGGCAUGGCUGGUGGGGGGGGCAGACCCACUGACUUCCCUCUGAGGAUACUGGUACAGAGUGACAUGGUAGGGGCCAUCAUCGGGCGCCAGGGCACUACCAUCCGACAGAUUACACAGCAGACAAGAGCCAGAGUUGAUGUGCACAGAAAAGACAAUGUUGGGUCCCUUGAAAAAGCCAUUACCAUUUAUGGUAACCCUGACAAUUGUACAAACGCAUGCAAGAAGAUCUUGGAAGUGAUGCAACAAGAAGCAACCAAUACGAAUAAGGGAGAAAUCACACUGAAGAUUUUAGCCCAUAACAAUCUGAUUGGUAGAAUUAUUGGGAAAGGUGGAAACACAAUCAAACGCAUUAUGCAAGACACGGACACAAAGAUCACAGUUUCAAGCAUUAACGAUAUCAACAGUUUCAACUUGGAGAGGAUUAUCACGGUAAAGGGGAGCAUAGACAACAUGUCAAGAGCUGAAAGUAUGAUCAGUGCCAAGUUGCGUCAGAGCUACGAAAAUGACCUACAAGCAAUGGCUCCUCAAAGUAUGAUGUUUCCCGGACUGCAUCCCAUGGCGAUGAUGUCAACAUCAGGAAUGGGCUACAGUGGACGAUCAGGCAUGGGCUACCAGGGAGGCUACCCUGCCCCGUACCCACCCAUGUACCAGGGCGGACCCCCACCCAUCGCCAGUGCACCCCCUGGUGGUGAUGCAUCGGAUCCAUUGUAUGGCGGAUACGAACCACCAUUCCUCAGUGACGCAGAAGGCUACGAUCCCUACUGCGCCAUUGAGGAAACAACAUAUUUAUACAUCCCGAACAACGCUGUAGGUGCUAUAAUUGGAACGAAAGGAUCACACAUUCGCAACAUGAUCAGGUUCAGUGGGGCAUCAGUUAAGAUUGCACCAAUGGAUGAAAAUCAGAAAGAUUCACAACAAGCAGAGCGGAAAGUGACCAUUGUUGGCUCUCCAGAGUCGCAGUGGAAGGCACAGUAUCUGAUCUUCGAGAAGAUGAGGGAGGAGGGCUUUGUUUCCGGGAGUGAUGACGUGCGCCUGACAGUCGAGAUCUUGGUCCCCAGUGGACAAGUGGGCCGCAUUAUCGGCAAGGGCGGCCAGAAUGUGCGAGAGCUGCAGCGAGUCACCGGCAGCAUCAUCAAAUUGCCAGAGCAGUCGGCCAGUCCUCCUCCUCAGGACGAGGAGACAACCGUCCACAUCAUCGGUCCCUUCUUCUCGGUGCAGUCGGCGCAGAGGCGUAUCCGGUCUAUGGUAGUGGCUGCUGGUGGCUCAGGAGGCCGUACGCCGCGCGGUCCACGCCAGGAGACACAGUAACUGCUCUCGGCCUCGCCAACACAAAUACCUCGAAGCGCACGUAUACCAAAGACUUAGGAGUGUGGGUUAGGCUAGGAGCAGUCAGUGCAAGAAGUACAAAGAGACCUCGCUAGGUUGUUCUACCCAACUUGUUGUAGAUUAUAUCGGGAGGCAACCGAACCGAGUCUCAUUUUGUAAUCUAGGAUUUAAACAAUUGUAAGAGAAUUUUCAAAUUGAGGGCAUUUCUUUUAUAGAAAAUUAUUUAAGUGGUGAAAAUCCACUAAGAUUAUUUUUGAUACAUUGUUGUCGAAUUUUUAAAUUUUUGUUAGAUUUUUUAUUAUAAUAAAAUUUUAUUAAAAGUUUUUAAAAAUAUGGCGCAUAGCAUUGUUCGCUAUGUGGAAAAAUGGAGAUUCCUUAUCAGAGUGUUAUCUAAAUGAAUACAAUAGAUUGGAUUAUAUACUAGCGGAGAAUUUAGGUUUUCCGCACUUUAACACCGUUCGUGAAAUAAAUUAGUCUGCGCUCUUUAACGCCUCUGUUUAGCCCUUCACCUUGAAUUAAACAGAACGGUGAAUUUACAAAGAAUACUUAAAUCCCUUCAAUUAGAUUAUACGCAUAGACAAUCUUUGAGUGCUAUAUAAAGAUCUCAUCUGCAACCUAUGGCAUACCCUCAAUUUAAGUACUAAACCUUUUUUUGAAAUGCAAGCACUAGGACUGAACCGAUAUUGUGAAUUUUCCCUUCCUAACCGCCCUUAUAACGUCGUUAAGAACUUAAAAGUGUGCGUAAUUCAAUGAAAAUGAUUGUUUUUGUUUUUAAAUGGCAGGGAUGUAUUUUUACUCACCCAAUAAAUCUUUUUACUCCGUCUUACUGAUGCCUAGAGAUACUACACAAGUUCUCUUGUUUGUUUUUGUUAACGGCAACUUGAAAUAUGCUCAAGAUAUAUAGUCUGAGUUUUCUAAGUAUUUUUCGCUUCUACGAGACAGAGGAGGGCUUGUAAUACUGAGUUGUUUGUCGGUUAACGAAUUUUUAUUGUUAUAGGCGUUAGAACACUUCAACUGACACGGGCCAUAGCUGCGCCAUCAACUUGGUGAUUUUACAUAUUGUUAUUGCUGCAGAGAAUAUUUUAUAUAUGUAAUGUUUUAUUUACGUACAAUAUAUUUGUCGUUAUACAGUUAGAGUUAAGUAUACACAUAUACAGGUUCUUCUUUACCUCAGAGUCAGCUGUGACGUGUGUAGUUGAACUGUUCGCGGCCGACAACAAUCUCUUUCGAGCCCAGUUGUUAUAUUAUACAGAAGCGGAAAAUGCCUUCUGAUUGCCUAUGGUCCAUGGCUCAUAGCAAUAUGUUGUUUUAAAGAAUAUUUUGUUUUCAUUAUACUAACUAUAGCCACAAUAUAGUAGAUUAUAAUAGUGUUUUUGUUUUGACGCUAUGGAUUAUUGUUUAUACUGCAUUGUUAGCUGCCUUUUAUUGUUCUGUUUUUUGUUUUUUAUUUUUUAUAAACAAAUAUCAUAUCUCCUCUACCUCACAAAUUGGUCUUAGAGUAGAUUCAUGUAUGUACAAAAACUGGUACAUCCGCCUUAUUUACAAUAAGGAUCAAAGGGCAUUAAUAGUGGAGUCAGUUUAAGCUUUGACGUCGUGGUCUUCAACUGUGGUUUCCUUGGGUACAAUCAGUUUUGUUUGUUUACUAUCUGGCUUACAUCUGUUGGUAAACUGCAAAAUUCACAUUAAUUAUUCAUAGUCGCUUAUUCCCGCCCAAACAAAGCUGUAGUACAAAAACUGUCUCAGGGAGUAGUGACUUGAAGCUCAUGUGAAACCAGUUUGUUGAAACUUUUCUCAAAAAUGUAUAUUUUAUUAAUGCAUCCGAGAACUUUAUUAUUAUUAUAAAUAUAUAUGUAUUGUUAGGGUGCUUGAUGCAGUCGUAACUUUACCUACACAUGUACAACAACAUUGGCCUUGCUCAUCAGGAGAACUGGUGGCAUUAGUAUAACAUCUAGCAAGAGUACCAGUAGUGUAGGUCAACAAGUUUACGAUUGUAAAAAAUUAAAAUAAAAUACUUCCUUCCUCUAUAUCUGUGAAAAAGUAUAAAGAGAAAUUAUUUACUUUAAGUAAUAAAUUAGUGAAAUCAAUGGGCAUUCGUUUCAGUUAAGAAAUACAUUUUAUUUAAAGAUUUAUUAUGCAUGGUAUAAAUAUAUAUAUAUUAUAUGGAUUUCAAUGUGUUCUGUUAAUAGAAUAAAUAGAUCAUAUUAUAUUUGUUUCAUUGUUAUGUAAAAGGUCCAUUUUGGCAAUUAUCAUAUUUACUUUGGGUUACAUUGGGUAGUGUUUUAUUCCUAUUUCACAUAAAAUAGUGGUGUUUCUUUGACACAGUUAACUUUUUUUAUUUUUUAAGCCAUUCCGUAUGAGUUAAUUACUAUUUUUAAUAACCCUACAUAACAUUGCCAAUAUUUUUUCGUUAUACAAUUCAGCCCCUUAUCCCAAUAUAACCACAUUUUUUCUGCAUUACUAAUAAACUGAUUCCACCGGAACAUUACACAUUUGCAAGAUGUUAUUUUUUUUACUCCGGCUGGAUGAUGUUUUCAUCAUAAGUUAGACGAUGUGAUAUAGAAUGGUAAAUUUAAUUUCAUAUUCAGACUAUAUUAAAAAUUAUUGGAACACUGGAUUUUUUUAAUUUUUAUAUGAAACAAAUCAUUUUUAGAUUAAUGGUCUUAAAUCAAAACUUAAGAUUGCAGGUUAAAUAUCAGCCGUGCCUUAAAGUCGGAGUGUAUUUUUCAAGGUUGUCCGUGGACCGGUUUGUUAUUGGGAAUUUUUGACGAAUUCGGAAAGAUCCUCAAAAUAAAAAUGAUUUGUUGUAAUUUUAAGUCUGGGUUAAAAUGUUUUGUUGUAAGGGGAGAGGACCUAUUGCAAGACUGAGGUUGUUAAGAUUGUUAUAAGUUUGUUUAGUCCAGUGUUCCUAUUGGAGUAUUGUAAUUUUUGUUACUUGUUAAAUUACUUAAUUAUUAUUAAUUAAGUUAACCGAUUAAAGGUUAGUGACCAAUUUUUGAUACGGUAUGUUAUAGUAUGCCUAGUGUGUGAUACUGUAUAUGUAAGUAAAUGCCUUAUACACGGUACAAUAACUUGCAUCUUAGUUAUCCGUGAAGGUACAGGGUAACAAUCCAACCAUGUCUUGUUGUAGACAGCAUUUAGUAAAACUGACAAAAUUCAGAUUACCUACAACUCGGAUUAAAAUUUCAAAUUAGGAGUAUGGCACAGCACAUAACCUCUUGUCACAUCGUCCCCUCCGCCUCGAUUGGUUUGGCAUAGCUUAGAACUGACUUAUUACUCGGCCUCAACACACAGAGGCUAUACUGGGCGUUCAGAUACAAUAAUAAAUCAGUUUAUAUUAAGGAUUAUAUAAUGUUGGAUGUAUAAAAAUGAGAGAAUUAUAUCGUCGACUUCAUUUUUUGUACACGAACAAUAUAUAUAGUCCAUGCAAGCAUGCUAUCUCCUUUUUCUACCAUGAGAAAAUAAAUUAUUCUAGUUAAGAAAAA